AUGAGGAUGAUUCCCGAGCUGUUCAAUGCCCUCGUGCUGAUGGCCGGCUCCUCUCCCUAUACCACCUAUCCCUGCACCAGCUCCUCUCCCUCCUAUCCCCACACCAGCGCCUCUCCCUAUACCUCCUAUCCCUACACCAGCUCCUCUCCCUAUACCUCCUAUCCCUACACCAGCUCCUCUCCCUAUACCUCCUAUCCCUACACCAGCUCCUCUCCCUAUACCUCCUAUCCCUACACCAGCUCCUCUCCCUAUACCUCCUAUCCCUACACCAGCUCCUCUCCCUAUACCUCCUAUCCCUACACCAGCUCCUCUCCCUAUACCUCCUAUCCCUACACCAGCUCCUCUCCCUAUACCUCCUAUCCCUACACCAGCUCCUCUCCCUAUACCUCCUAUCCCUACACCAGCUCCUCUCCCUAUACCUCCUAUCCCUACACCAGCUCCUCUCCCUAUACCACCUAUCCCUGCACCAGCUCCUCUCCCUCCUAUCCCCACACCAGCGCCUCUCCCUAUACCGCCUAUCCCUACAACAGCUCCUCUCCCUAUACCAGCUCCUCUCCCUAUACCAGCUCCUCUCCCUACACCAGCUCCUCUCCCUACACCAGCUCCUCUCCCUACACCAGCGCCUCUCCCUCCUAUCCCUACACCAGCGCCUCUCCCUCCUAUCCCUACACCAGCUCCUCUCCCUCCUAUCCCUACACCAGCUCCUCUCCCUCCUAUCCCUACACCAGCUCCUCUCCCUCCUAUCCCUACACCAGCGCCUCUCCCUCCUAUCCCUACACCAGCGCCUCUCCCUACACCAGCGCCUCUCCCUCCUAUCCCUACACCAGCUCCUCUCCCUAUACCGCCUAUCCCUACACCAGCACCUCUCCCUAUACCACCUAUCCCUGCACCAGCUCCUAUACCACCUAUCCCUCACCACCCCUGGGCCAGCAUGUGUGA